AUGAAGACGGCUGCAGCCCGAUUCGCCGACCCGAAGACGAUCAUUGGCGGCGAGUCGUGCACCAAGGUCAACGUCUCCAACUCCAACACGAAGCACGCCUCCAAGUCGCGCUCCGGCAGCGGCACGAAGAGCGGAUCAUCCAAGAAGAAGCGGGUCUCGCUUGUGUUGCCGACAACCACCGCCUGCGCCAAGUCCGUGUCGAAGACGUCGGGCCGCCGGUCCACCGCCUCAACCUCGAUGCGAAAGAGUGGCAGCAAGAAGAGCGUGAGCCAGAAGAGCUGCAUCAAGAAGAAGAAGGAGCUCGAGAAAAAGAAGCCGACCGAAUCCAACAAUAGUUCCUCGAAGAAGAAGAAGAAGGAAAAGGGCGGCUCAACUCGUUCCUCGAAUGCAACCUCUACCAAGUCGUCCAAAUCGACGCACACGCAGCGCUCGUUGAUGGCCACCCCGCCGUCGUCGCAGAUGUCGCUGAUGUCGGCCACGCAGAAGAUCUCGCUGGCGGAGGAGACGAACAACAACAAGAACAUGGCCAGCAGCAGCAGAAGCACCGCGUCGACCACGAGCAGCAACAAGAACAUGGCCAGCAGCAGCAGCAGCACCGCGUCGACCACGAGCAGCAACAAGAACAUGGCCAGCAGCAGCACCAGCACUGCCUCCAAGACGAGCAGCAGCAAGCCCUCCAAGGGCAACAAGCCCAGGGCGACUCGCGCCACUGCGAAACGCCCGAAAAGCCCGAAGAGCCCGAAAAGCCUGAAGAGCCCGAAGAAGAACAAGAAAGCCGCGGCCCCCCUCGACGUCGGAGCGACCCAAGCCGAUGGCGGCGCCGAGGAGAAGGAGCAGGAAAAGGAGAAGAGUGAGGCGGAGACGCCGAUCCCGGUGGUGCCCGACGACCCGCUAAAGGAAUACGUGCCCCCGUCCGAGACGACCGCCCCGCCUACCUCCCCGGAGGCCGACGAGGAGGCUAGUUUUGGGGUUCUACUAGCGGAUUUCGCCAAA